UUUGCUAAACCUUUGUCAAGUUUAAUACCAGCAGGGGCACGGACCCCACUACACUUUUCAGUAAUUUCAAUUUUACACUGAAAUUAUAGAAGUCAUGACAAAUUGUAUUCCAAAAAUUAAUGUUUCUCUAAAAAGGUUCUCUUAACUUAAUGGUUUUAAAAAAUGACACAUUAUCUAAACAUAUAUUCUAGUAAAUUUUAUGUUUUAAGUUCAUUUUUUUAUCAUUUGUUGUAUGUUUGAUGUUGGACCCUUAUUAUGUAAUUGAUUGUUAUUCUUUCAUUGUUUUAAAGGUAUUGUUGCAGAUAUCUUUGAUUGAUUGUAUCCAGCUUAAAUCAUCUCCCAAAAAAGUAGCUGCAUCUUGUGAUGUCACAUUUUACAUGCUUGUUGAUCCUGAAAGUGCAGUGCAUGUGUUUUCUUUAAAUUUUAUUUGCUUGAUUAUUGCUAUGUCAAUUUCGCUCGUUAUAAUUGAUUUUUGUGAUUUCUCAGUUGGAUGUUGCUUGUGGAGAGCAUGGAGCUGCAAAAGGAAUGAUUCCGGGAAAAGGGUAUUAUUUCCUUGUCUUUCUUUAUAAUAUUGUCAGAACUCUUAGACAACAUACUGUAUCAAUUUGUUUUUAUUAGGCUGCCAGUUUACUGUCUAACUACUGGUGCGAAAGUAGUUACUUAGAAAAACCUGGCACCUUCUGUUUGUUCACUAAAGUCGGAUAGGCCUAAUUUGAGGCUUGGAUGAAGUAAUAUAGAGAAUUGAUCCUGCCGAAGGGUUCGCCGCGUUCACAGUUGCAAUAAGCAAAGAAGAAGACAAUUUGACACAUGGAUAGGCCGUUCUCCCAUUUAUUUCCCUCAAAGGGCGUGUUCGGUUAUUCUUGGUAUGUAGAUAUUUCCACAGUUGAUGGUUCCUCUUCUAAAUUUAUUGGCAGACAGAUCAAAGCGACAAGGGCACUUUUUCUGCAGGUGAAUCGGUACGAUAUUUCUGUUCUAGCUAUCCAAUUAUGCUUCUAUAGUGCCAAAUUGUUGUACAUUGACUUCUCCUGCAGGCACCAGUUUCAAAGCUCCAAAAAGCUGGCCAUCUUCAAAGCUGGCAGAAGAUGGCCAGCUGAUACUUCUGACCGCAGUGCACUUAUGCAAAUGCAAGUCUUCUAUGCAUCUUGUGAUAAAACUCUGUUUGAUACGGUGGCUCCACUCUUAAAUAUAGCAGGGAAGUCAAGGUAUUUCCUCGGGGACUUGGGGAAUGGAGCUGCAAUGAAACACUUGUUGUCAACGUGA